AUGAGUGUGUACCGCAACUGUUUAAGAGAACUUCACUUCUGUGAUCAUCUGACACUGUGUGUUUAAGCCGUGUACAUCUGCAGUGAGUGUGUGUCGGUGAGCCUGUCUCUGGCCCUCAGGGUGACAGCAGUGUUUUGGAAGCUCGUCCAGGUGUAUGUGUCCAAAUGGCACGUGGGCGGGGCCUAGACUAGGUUCUCUCAUUUCCCUGGCAAAUACUGUCACCAGUUCGCUUUUCUUGUCACACAGCUUCUGGAGAUUAUAGCAGAGAUGGAAUGUGUUGGAGUCACCAUGUUUCUUCUGAUGAGCAUCUUAUUUCUCUUCGUUCCUGGUACAGACUCUGAAUACAUUUCACUGGAGCCCACGCGUCAUGGGAAAAUGGGCGACUCUAUGCUCCUCAGAGUUGAGACUCAUUUUGAUGUUCAGAAUGUAAAGUUUCAGGGGGCCUGGUAUAAAACUAAGCCCAAUUACACUCAUUUGGUCACUUUCACAGAGACCAAUGCCAUCCCAAAUCUGCGCCUGAAAAACAAUACGGUGCUCAAUUUGCCUGAUGUCUCACUAUAUUUUGAGCAUCUGGAUGAGGACACACAGGGGGAAUAUGAGCUGCAGAUCAACAUCAUCUUCCCGGAAAUCUCCAAACCAGUGGCUGUCACUAAAAGAGUAACGGUCACAGUCAGCGUGCCUGUGUCCGUCCCUGUCAUUAGUAAGACCCCAGAAUCAGAAAUCGUGGAAGACAGGGACAAUGUGACGCUGACUUGCUCAGUUGAACACGGGACAAAUGUUCUGUUCGAAUGGCUAAAGAACAACUUUUUUGUUGGUCCAAGUGAGCGGCAUACAUUCUCACAAGAUCAUCGGACGCUUGUAAUAAACCCUGUCAAGAAAGAAGACAUCGGUCGAUACGUUUGUGUGGCGAUAAACCACAUUAGCAGUGCGCCAAGCAAGCAGGCUGAGCUCAGUGUGUUCUAUGGGCCUUAUAACCUGGCAGUAAAUUCUGACCAAUGUCUGAAAACUGAAGGCGUGUUCACAGUGAACCCUGGGGAAAUGGUCUUUUUUGAGUGUUAUGCGGACUCGAACCCUCCCAACACCUGCACCUGGAUCUCUAAAACAAAGAACGGCACAGAGGUUAUCAUGAUUGGACCGCGGUUUGAAGUGAAGCCGUAUGAGUUACCUCAGGGUAAAGAGUUCUUGUGUAGAGCAUUCAACAAUGUGACGAAGAAGCAGGACGAGACCAAGUUCACGCUGGUGGUGGCCAGAUUUACAGGAAAAGCGAAAUAUAUCCAGGAAGGGAGUGCGCUGUCUUCAUUGACUUUUAUCACAGUCUUCUCAGUCGUCAUCAUUGUGUGUAUGAUGUUUGUGCUCCUAAGGAAGAGCUGCCAUCCCAAAAGAAGUAUGAAAACAUUCUGCUCCAGGCCUAUGACAGAGCAGAGAGGACUGCACCGCUCCGGUCAUGAAGAUGCAACUGAAGACUUUGGCAUCUAUGAAUUUGUCUCUGUGCCUGAGAAAAUGGAUUCAACACAGGCAUCCUGCAGGUCUUUGGCACGGCUCGAUUCAGUCAGAGAUUUGCAUACCACCAUCUAUGAUGUCAUCAGACAUGUGCCUGAAACUCCUACACUGAGUCUUCUGAAGUGAGAGAGGUGGAUAUUCACGUGUGCUCAGAUGUAAAGAUGAAAUGCAUUUUACUCAUUAUUUUUUUUGUGCCAUUUUUUCUCAGUCACACAUUUAAGCACAUCUUUUGCUUUACAGUUAUUCAUUUUUAUACUUACUUUUUAUACUUCCUAAAAUCUGAAAAACAUAACUUGUGCUGAGCACUUUUUUUGUUUUUAUUUUCGUUAAAAAAUAUAUAAGAAAGAGAACUAUGAGAUUUUAUUCUGUAGCAACAACAUGCUUAAUGAAAAACUAAGAGUAUUUAUAUAUAAAUACAGUUGUCGUCUUACAUCGAUUUUCUUGCAUAAUAAAUGUAAAUAUGUAUGCAUUUUGUACUUUGAAACUGUAUUUUUUGCACACUGCAGUGUAUUCUGUGAUAUUGCUCAUUACAUUUUAGAGACGCCACAUUUCAUCAAUAGACAUCUUCUGUCUAUUUUGUUUUCUGUGUUGCACCUGUUCACAUUUUAAACAUAGAUGCAUCCAUUCGUUAUUUGAAAAUAAAGGUUUAUAAAAAUA